GUCCCUGACCGGGCCUGAGCGGCGGGGUCCCAGCGGCGCGGCCCGGCCUGGCAGAGUGUCUGGUGGAGCCGCCUUUCUCUGCAGCAGCUUUCUGUUGCAAUAAUGAGCUGAAUCAUUCAGUGAAGAGCCUGUUUAGCAUCUUGCCCUCAGAGGAGAAAUGUUAGGAGUAUUGGCCAGAAGCAGGAAGAGAAGGGAAAUCUCACACAGGCUCAAUGGUAUUGCCAUGCUGAACCCUCAAUGCAAUGAAAUUUCUGUUGGUUUUUGAUUUUGACCAUACAAUCAUAGAUGAAAAUAGUGAUACCUGGAUUGUGAAAUGUGCUCCUGAAAAAAAACUUCCUAAUGGGUUAAGGAACUCCUACCAACCAGGACACUGGACUGAAUAUAUGAGCAGAGUCUUUGCCUACUUGGGAGACAAUGGCAUAAAAGAAGAUGAGAUGAAAAGAACGAUGACAACAAUUCCUUUCACCACAGGAAUGAUAGAUCUUCUGGGUUUUAUUGGCGAGAACAAAGAGCUGUUUGACUGUAUAAUUGUUUCAGAUUCAAAUACAGUAUUUAUUGACUGGAUUUUGAAAACUGCUGGCUUCCAUAAGGUGUUUGAUGAAGUGUUUACAAACCCUGCAGCAUUCAGCAGUACUGGCUACCUUACUGUACAGAACUUCCAUACUCACCAUUGUGCAAAGUGCCCUAAAAACCUUUGCAAAAGGAAAGUUUUAAAAGAAUUUCUGGAUAAACAGUUGGAACGAGGAGCUAGUUAUACGCAAAUUGUAUAUAUAGGUGAUGGUGGGAAUGACUUAUGUCCAGUCAAGUUUUUGAAGAAGGAUGAUAUUGCUAUGCCCAGGCAGGGGUACAUCUUGGAGAAAAAGAUUUCUCAGCUGGCCCAAGAUCUCAGUCCUGUAGAGUGUUCUGUUCUGGUUUGGUCAUCUGCUUUUGACAUUAUGUCUUAUCUGAAACUGCUUAUGAAGGAAAAAUUCAAAUGAUAAAAAAUGGAUUUUAUUGUCCUGGGAGAGAAAAACUGCAUAUAUGUAAAAGCACAAAAUUGUAAAGUUGGGUUGUUAUCUGAGCUUACCUUUUUUAAACACAAUAUAAACCUGUUUGUGUUCAAUCUUGGCAAUAGUGGGAAAGUGAAGUUCAAAUGGCUUUCUAACAUUGUGCACAUUCCAACACAAGUGGAGAAGGGAGGUUGCAAGAGCAGUUGUCAUUAUUCUUCGAGUUUCUACCAACUGCAUAAAUGACCUUUUCUGUUCCAGGCAGUUAGAGGAAGGAGUAUGAUUAGCUCCUAAAAGAAUGAAGUCCUUUACUUACAAAAUGUGAGGUGCCAGGAAUCUGAUUCUGGAACUGUUUGCUUUUGUACUUCUUUGAUCAGGAUAAAUGUUUAAUGUUGUGAACUAUUUGGUAUGCUUAUAAUCUUGUUUGAUGUGAAGGUGCAUUUAUAUUUUCAACAUACUAAAUAUUUUUCCAAACAAUUUUUCAUAGUUUCUAUUAUCUUUAUGGUACUGACAAUAAAAGUUACUGUCACUGACAACAGCAACACACCUGGUCUGUGCUGGCCUGUGUGUCAUCAGGUGCCCGUUCUUGUAAAGGCCUGGAGAGGAGACACAAGUGCAGGUGUUAGCACUUAUUUUGUCAGAGCGCUUCUCUUCGGGAGAGCAGUCAGGAUGUUGCUGUUCUGAGAGAAGUCCCUCUCCCAUUCUACUGACUGCUGGCCUGACAGUGUGCUGCUGCCUCUCUGCAUGGGACUGACGCUGGUUUGAUCAUCCCUGUUGGCAGCUCACAGGCAGACGGGCUUUUUUUCUUGAUGCAAUUCUGCUGCAAUGCACAGACCCACAGAAUGGUACAUGUGUAUGGGUAUUUACUCUGAUUUUUACCUGUUCACUCUCAUCCAUAUCUAUAGGAUAAUCCUCUCUUACAGGCUGGAAGGGAACAUCUAUGUCCUUUGAAACUUUUUAACAGAAUUAUUCAGUCUUUAAAUAGUUUAAAGAAUUGUUUGUGAGCGUAUGGUCUUUCACUUUACCACUCACAGCGAGAUGAGCCCCAAGAGCUGAACUAUGCAUAUAGAGAUAUUAAAAAUAAGUCUCAUUAAAGUGAAAUAAUGUAUUUUCAUGCCCAGUGUUUUCUUUCUUAUGG